CUCGUAGCAGUGUGCUCCCUACUGCAAGUUUCCUGGGAGUGUUUCUUUUUGAACUGACACAGCAAAGUCUCCAGUUCUGAAACAGAUGUUCUUCCAGCAGCUCUGAAGUAACCUUACUUGCUGGAUACAAUGUCAUAUCAAGGGGUUAGUGGUCCACCUCAGCGUUCUAAGAGGACUCACUGCUAAUGAAAUCAAAUGCUUAGAGAAGCAUGAGAUGCAGGGCUUUAGCUAGUAUUUUGCCUCAACUAGGGUGGUCAGUUAAUUUCCACAGUACAGCACAAGGUUGCUUUUCACCUUUGCAACUUUUUUCAAAACAAAAUAUUGGUAAAAUCCUCUAAUUUCCCUCUAAUCACGAACUGGCUUGAAGACUGGAAUGAUUUGUUUGUUUGAAGAAUGUUGACGUUAGAGUGGGAGUCGGAGGGACUGCAAACAGUGGGUAUUGUUGUGAUUAUAUUUGCGUCUCUGAAGCUGCUUCAUUUGCUGGGACUGAUUGAUUUUUCAGAAGACAGCGUAGAAGAUGAAAUGGAAAUAGCCACUGUGCGGCAUCGGCCUGAAGCUCUUGAACUGCUGGAAGCACAGAGCAAAUUCACAAAGAAGGAACUUCAGAUCCUGUAUAGAGGAUUCAAGAAUGAGUGUCCCAGUGGGAUUGUUAAUGAAGAGACCUUCAAAGAGAUUUAUUCUCAGUUCUUUCCACAGGGAGAUUCUACAACCUAUGCACAUUUUCUCUUUAAUGCAUUCGACACUGACCACAAUGGAUCUGUGAGUUUUGAGGAUUUCAUUAUGGGUCUCUCAAUUUUACUCCGAGGGACAGUACAAGAAAAACUCAACUGGGCUUUUAAUUUGUAUGAUAUAAAUAAGGAUGGAUACAUAACUAAAGAGGAAAUGCUUGAUAUUAUGAAAGCUAUAUAUGAUAUGAUGGGAAAAUGCACUUAUCCUGUUCUCAAAGAGGAUGCUCCUAGACAACAUGUGGAAACAUUUUUCCAGAAAAUGGACAAGAAUAAAGAUGGGGUAGUUACCAUAGAUGAAUUCAUUGAAAGCUGCCAAAAAGAUGAAAACAUAAUGCGUUCCAUGCAGCUCUUUGAAAAUGUGAUUUAACAAUGUGGUUUAGUCUGCAAUUAAUGGACAAAUGUGAACUAUUCUGCAACAUUACUUAAAGCUGGAUUUGCCACAUUUACCAUAUGUAGGAUUGCUCAGCUUUACACUGAGACAUGUAUUAUGCAAAUAAGUUUUGUUUUAUUAUAAAGACCUUCCUCCCAAAAAUGAUUUCCCAAAGGUUAGGAUGUAAUAAUUUGUCCUUUAUCGAAUGGGAUAUGCUAAAAGUAUUAGGUUUUACCCCACAA